CGCCGAGCUGUAGGUGCUGCAGCCCGGUGGCGACAGGUGCGCUGGGCAGAGCGCAGGGACGGUGGCCGUGCAACGCCGAGCGCCGACGGCUCUCCAGUCUGGUAUUUUAGAGUCUGUAGACAAGAUGGAAUCAACUCCAUUUAAUAGACGACAGUGGACUUCCCUGUCAUUGAGAGUAACGGCCAAAGAACUUUCUCUUGUCAACAAGAAUAAGUCAUCGGCGAUUGUGGAAAUAUUCUCCAAGUACCAGAAAGCAGCUGAGGAGUCAAACACGGAGAAGAGGAGAAAUAACACGGAGAAUCUCCCCCAGCACUUCAGAAGAGGGACCCUGUCUGUGUUGAAGAAGAAGUGGGAGAACCCGGCGGUCGGGGCAGAGUCCCACAUAGACACCCUGCCAAACAGCAGCCGUGAGGCCGGGCACAGUGUGGACCACCCUCCCACCCAAGUGACGGAGGGCUCUGCUUCUGGACCCAGAGCAGACCAGGAAGAGCAAACCCAGCCCAAACCUAGAUUUGGAUCUCGUCAGGAAGCCGUUACUCAGUGUCGGUCUCCCCGCUCAGAGGACAGCCUGGAUCUUAGAGCCCAGGCCACCGAAAAUCAAAACAUGGAAAAUUGUCUGGGAGAUUCCAGGCAUGAAGUGGAGAAAUCUGAAAUGAGUGAAAACACUGAAGCUUCGGGCAAAAUAGAGAAAUACAAUGUUCCACUGAACAGACUAAAGAUGAUGUUUGAGAAAGGCGAACACACUCAAACCAAGAGUCUCUGGACCCAAAGCCGCAAUGCAGGUGGAAGGCGGACCUCUGAAAACAGCUGUUCCCUGGAUGACUUGGAAAUAAGUCAUGUGUCAUCCCCCCCAUUCAACCUGGAGAAGAAUGAGAGUAAGCGGAGUGUGGAACUCCCACGCCUCUCGGAAACCUCCAUAAAGGAUCGCAUGGCCAAGUACCAGGCUGCCGUGUCCAAGCAGAGCGGCUCAGCCAGCCACGCGAAUGAGUUGAAAGCCAGUGGUGGUGAGAUCAAAACUCAUAAAUUGGAACAAAAGGAGAAUGUGCCCCCAGGACCUGAGGUCUGCAUCUCCCAUCAGGAAGGAAGAAAGGUUUCUGCAGCUGAGAAUAGCCUGGUGGCCCAUUCUAGCCCCGCGGAAGACGAUGCAUGUGACCCCCCGGUGAAGAGUGAGGCCCAGCAGCCUGUGCACCCAAAGCCACUGAGUCCUGAUGCCAGAACCUCCAGUCUUCCAGAAAGUUCUCCUUCCAAAACAGUGAAGAAGUUUCAGGCACCCGCCAAAGAGAUCUGUGUGGAAUGUCAGAAGACCGUGUACCCCAUGGAACGACUCCUGGCCAACCAGCAGGUGUUUCACAUCAGCUGUUUCCGCUGCUCCUACUGCAACAACAGACUUAGUCUAGGAACAUAUGCAUCGUUACAUGGAAGAAUCUAUUGUAAGCCUCACUUCAAUCAACUCUUUAAGUCGAAGGGCAAUUACGACGAGGGCUUUGGCCACAGACCACAUAAGGAUCUUUGGGCCAGCAAGAAUGAAAAUGAAGAAACCCUAGAGAGACCAGCCCAGCCUCCAAAUGCAGGGGAGACCCCCCACAGCCCUGGGGUAGAAGAUGCCCCCAUCGCCAAGGUGGGUGUCCUGGCGGCAAGUAUGGAAGCCAAGGCCUCUUCUCAGCGGGAGAAGGAAGAUAAGCCCGCUGAGACCAAGAAGCUGAGGAUCGCCUGGCCGCCCCCCGCCGAGCUUGGCAGUCCGGGAAGUGCCAUGGAGGAAGGGUUCAAGGUCUCCAAGCCCAAGUGGCCCCCUGAGGACGAAACCAGCAAGACAGAGGCUCCCGAGGAUGUAGAUCUGGACCUGAAGAAGCUGAGGCGGUCUUCUUCGCUGAAGGAGAGGAGCCGCCCGUUCACUGUAGCGGCUUCAUUUCGAACCUCUUCCAUCAAGAGCCCCAAGAUGACGUCACCUCUUAGGAAAGGGUGGAGCGCGUCGGAGCAGAGCGAGGAGUUUGGAGGAGGGGUGGUGACAGAAAGAAAACUAAUGGAGGAUGCCAAAGCCUCUGGGAAGAACGGGAGUGUGGGAAAACCACGCAGGCAGAGCAAGGGUUCCACCAGCGACGAAGCCGUGCGGAGGAGCGAGGACAGUCACAGUUUGGAGCCGGAGAGCGAGAAUUCCAUAGAAAAUGGAGCGAACACAGAUGAGGAUGAGAGCAAUGACCUCGCGCAGCCGUCUCCACGAGAACCCAAGUCUCCAAGCUGGUCCGGCUUUGUAGACACCGCUCCUACUAAAGAAUUCACCACCCCGAAUCAAAAGUCUCAAGAGGUCGGGUUCUGGGAGGGGGACGUGGUCAGAGAGCUGUCUGUAGAGGAACAGAUCAAGAGAAACCGGUACUACGAUGAGGACGAGGAUGAAGAGUGACAGACGGCCGCCGUGGUGCGGGCCAUCUACUCCUGUCAAUGCUAGCUUGUCACUGCCCUUUAUCAAGUGGUGCCCAAAGACAGGCACCUUGGCGCCAACUGUCAUUCAUGUGGGAGCAACAUUAGAAAUGAAUUCCUGCUACCAAAACAGAAAACAAGCAAAAAAGAAUCAAUUCUAAGUGCAUUAUUGAAACUCCAUUUUAAGCCUGGUGUGGUGGCCCACACCUUUAAUCCCAGCACUCGGGAGGCAGAGACAGCAGAUCUCUGAGUUCGAGGCCAGCCUGGUCUACAGAGUGAGUUCCAGGACAGCCAGGGCUACACAGAGAAACCCUGUCUCGAAAAACCAAAAAAGAAAAAGAAAGAGAGAGAAACUCCAUUUUAGCAGUGAAGAUAUGCCUAAGUGCUAAGCAGGGGAUUUUCUCAGUGAUGUAGCCAGCGUCCACUGUGUUCCCAAAAGUCAAUAUUAAAGUGUCUAGACAGUGGCACAUUUUCACACUACAAAUACCAUUGUGGAAUUGGAAACAAACAAAACGUAUUUAGGUGCCUACAUAUCACAGCCAGAAGCACUUUAGUAUAAAGGGCACAGCAUAGAUAUUUUUACCAAUUUCAUUUUUUAGUACUCAACUGUUAAAUCAAAUAUUUUUAGUCUUUCAAAAAUUUUUUUACGAAUUUUCUCCCUCUAGUAGAUAUGGGAAACUUCCUGCUUUGCAUCCCACAUAGUCUAUGCAUUUUUAAUAAUUGAGGUAUAAUACAGCAACCUUUGGCCCAGUAAGGCGGCUCACCCAGUAAAGGCGAUUGCCACACGAACCUGAUGGCCUGGGUUCGAUUCCAGAGCUCGCAUAAAGGUGAGAGAAUCCAGUCCACAAAGUUAUUCUCUAACAAAUGUGCUCUGUGGCACACAUGCCCACCCACCAAAAAUAAUAAUCAACAAUAAAGAAUAAGCCACCCUUCAGAAAUACCUUUGGGACAAAGGGCCAGCCUGUAUGCUCUGGUGCUUGGAGAGACCCGCUGUAGCCAAAUAAACCGCAGCACUUACCGAUGUGUUUAUCUGACCUCUAGGUGAGCACCUCCUCUUUUUGGUGGCUUCUCACACUUUACUGAAAGCUGCAGUGUUUUCAUAAGACCUUUUGGAUCAGGGUUUCCCAUGCUCCCUGUGGAGCAAAAUGAAGACUCCAAAGGAGAGAUAACAAGAGGGACAGCCGGAGCUCAGAUCUCCACAGACACCCUGAGGCAAAUCUUGUUAAUACCGAUCAGCUCUGAAAUGUGUUGGUUUUUAUGGCAGAUGCUAUUUCCAGGGUUAAGUUAAAUCAGUUUUAGGUCUGUCUUCUUGGAUGGUGUCCUAGUGUGGUUCUCUGUAGGUGUUGGUGUGUUAGAAGACUGGGCAGAAAUCGGCCGAGAGGAGGAAGUUCAUCUCCACCUACAGGGCAUAGUCCGUUGUCAAGGGAAGCCACGAAGGAACUUGGAGACAGAAACGCUGCUCACUGGCUCCAUUUCCAUGUUUACUCAGCUAGCUUUCUUGCCGCCUGCCCAGGGGUGGCCCCACAGACUAACCUGUUAGUCAAUGCCCACAGACUAACCUGUUAGUCAAUGCCCACAGACUAACCUGUCAGAGGCAGUUCCUCAGUUCAGAUUCCCAGGCAAUUCUGUUUGUCAAAUUGGCAAAACCCAGCACAGGUGGUUCUCUCUAGUGUUAGGGCUCUAGAGCAUUAUAAACGAGUACAGGGUACAUUUGCUGUACGUGACGGCUAUCCCAAAUCAUAUGUAUUGGGGGCGGGGGCUGUUUUUAAGGUAGAGGCCUUUUUGCAUUUCUAGAGAUUUAGCUCUGUCUUAGAGAUGUAAAAUAAUGAUUGCUUAUAGUCUUGUUUAGCCUUAAACAUUUUUAUCCAAUAAAGCUUUUAAUUUACAUUUCAACUUUC